AUCGCCGCGGCUCCCUCUCGCCGGCUGCAGAAAGAAAGGAAGAAAGGAGAAACCCUUGCAGCCCCAAGAAAGAGAGAAGCUCCGCCGAGGCGCCGCCGCGAAGAUGGUGAAGUUCCUGAAGCCCGGGAAGGCGGUGAUCGUGCUCCAGGGCCGGUACGCCGGCCGGAAGGCCGUCAUCAUCCGGAACUUCGACGACGGCACGCGGGACCGCCCCUACGGCCACUGCCUCGUCGCCGGGAUCAAGAAGUACCCGAGCAAGGUCAUCAAGAAGGACUCGACCAAGAAGACGGGCAAGAAGUCGCGGGUGAAGACGUUCGUGAAGCUCGUCAACUACCGGCACCUGAUGCCCACCCGCUACACCCUCGACGUCGACCUCAAGGACGUUGUCAACCCGGACUGCCUCCAAAGCAAGGACAAGAAGGUCACCGCCGCCAAGGAGACCAAGAAGAGGCUCGAGGAGAGGUUCAAGACGGGCAAGAACAGGUGGUUCUUUACCAAGCUCAGGUUCUGAUUUCGAGAAAUGGGUGUCUGUGUUAGGGGCAAGAUUUCGAGUUUCAUCCUUUUGUCUUUUUUUACUAUAUAUGGAUUGAGCGAAUUGGUGGACCUGGAUUGGAUUGUAGUGGUUUAUUCUGGAGCUUGACCCUCUCUUUCAAUUUUGGAUAUGCUGUUACUAUUAGUGUUCUUGGCUUUUGGAUCUGCUUCGUAUUUGACAAGAGUAUUUCCUG